AUGAAACGAAAAACAGAAAUAUUUAUUGCUAUUACAGUAGUCACUGCAGUGACAUGUUACUUAUUUAAAAAAAUAAUAAAUAGACAAAAGUCUGAUUAUACAUCAAUAAAACAGGAAGCAGAUAAAUAUUUUAUACAAGAAGAUUAUAAAAAUGCUAUUCUGUUGUACACUAAAUGUAAAUAUAUGAAAAGUGAUGCUGAAAUUCUUACUAAAAUUAGUCUCUGUAAUUAUUUCUUAAAAAAUUAUCAAGAAGUUAUAAAUAAUUCUUUAUUUAAGACAAAUAAUAAAGAUCUAAUAAAAAUAAGAUCUGAAUGUUACAAGCAGAUGGGAAAUAAAAAAAAAUUUCUUAAAGAUUUAGCACUUUAUGAAACAUUUGCUAAUAAUAAAGAAGUCCAAGAUGAAAUUAUGCAGACUGUUAAGGAAAUUUGUGAAGAAGAAGUGAGUGAGUUUAUUGAACAAGAAGGCUUAAAAAUUAAUAAAGAAGAUGUGCUAAGAGGACUUGUUUCAAUAAAAAAUAUAAAUGAGAUUUAUGAUGCAUUUGGAGGUAAAUCUAAGAAGUUUAAAUUUUCUAAUGAUGAAAAGGAAGUGUUAAAUCUUCUUAAUGCCAUUAUUUUACACCUAAAAGGAAAAAAAGAACAGGCAAUUCUUUUAUUAGAAAAAUCUACUUAUAAAUACAGUAUCUUGUAUAGAGCAUAUUUUCUUACAUUGAAGAAUGAAUAUAUUUCAUCUUCAUUGCCUUUAGAUGACGAGAUUACUACGCUUUACUUGUAUUCUAAGAUUUUUAAAGAUAAAUCUGAUACUUACCUUAAAUCUGCUAUAGAUAAAUCAGUAGAUCUACCUAUUGAACAGAAAGACUUUCUGUACGUAGAUCUUCUUGUAUUUUACAUUUCUAAAAAGGAUGUUGAAAAAGUUAAUGAAACAAUUAAUAAUUUAAAAGAGACUCUUACCCCCACUUUAUUGGAACUUAUUGGAGAAUAUUAUUUAAAAAGUGGAAAUCACUCUAAAAUGUUAGAUCUAUUAUCUAGUCAUCCAGAUACUCCUGGUAAAUUACUUUUAACGGCACUUUAUGCAAUAAGUAUUGAUAAGAAAAAGGAUGCUAUAGAAAUUUUAUAUAGAAGUAUAUCAGAAUAUUCAUCUUAUUUUAAAUCUUAUUUGUAUUUAGGAAAUAUUUUAAUAAAUGAUGACUUAAAUGAAUGCAGGAAAUUGUUUAAUACAUCACUUCAAUAUUGUUGUAAUUCUGAUGAGGUUUUUAUUGUUAAGCAGUCACUUAUUUUAAUAGAAGUACAUGAAUACAUCAAAGAAAAUAAAAUAUAA